AGUUGAAUAUUGCACUGCAUAAUCCAGAAUUCAAAUUUAUUUGCUCAUUGCUGUCAAGAUGAAGCUCCUGGCAGUGACUCUACUUGCUCUAGUAGCGAUUUCCUAUGCAAAGCACAUUAACCUUGAAGAUGUGAUCGAUCUAGAAGAGAUUACUGCAUAUGGCUACCACACUAAAGUUGGUGGACCGUUGGCCGAGAAGAUCCGCAAAGCUGAGGAAGAAGCUACCCGUAAUCCAACCAGAACUGGACCUUUUCCUGCCAUUCUUGGUCAAUUUCCUUAUCAGGCUGGUCUUAUCAUUGACUUAAAUGGAUGGAGUGGUGUUUGUGGAGGUGCUUUGCUCAACAUGAGAAGAAUACUCACCGCUGCUCACUGCUGGUUUGACGGACAUAAUCAGGCUAGCGGAAUCAUAGUGAUUCUGGGCACAAUUAAUUUGUUCAGCGGUGGUACCAGGGUGAUUAGUGAUAGCGUUUUCAUGCACGGUUCCUGGAAUCCUAACCUUGCUCGUCAUGACAUCGCUAUCAUUAAUUUGCCUUAUGCAGUAUUUCCAUCAAAUACCAUUGGUUUCGUUUCGCUACCAGCCAUCAGUGAUCUCCAGAACUCAUUCACCGCUACUAUAAUUGGCUACGGUCGCACUGCAAGUGGUGGAAUGCUUUACAGAGAUCUACACUUCGCCGAAGUCCCUGUAAUUACAAAUUCCGAGUGCCAAAACAGCUUCCCUGGCUUGAUUCAGCCUUCCAGUAUCUGUAUCAGCGGAGCUUCUGGUAUAUCAGCUUGCACUAGUGAUGCUGGUGGUCCACUUGUUGUCAAUAACAAUGACAGUCAUAUCUUGAUGGGCGUACAUUCCUUCGGACACAUUCAGGGUUGUCGAUCGGGUCAUCCAGUAGCCUACACCAGAGUUACCUCUUACAUCAGCUGGAUCGUGUCUCGUCUUUGAAUUGACAUAAAAAGAUUAAAAAUUUAUUAGUCUUGACCAUGCUAGUAAUUUUUCUACCAUUCAAUAAUUAAAGUGCAUCAAUUUAUUUAUUUUUUAAACCACUUAUAUCGCUUAAUAUAGUAAGAGAAUAUUAGAUUUCGUGAGAAAAAUUGUUUAAAAUUUUAUUUAUUUACUUAUUAUAACGCCUUACAAUAUGAUAUCUUACAGUUUAUUCCAAUGCAAUAUCAUAUUUCCUGACAUAUUUAGGUCCAACGUGUAACUUAAUUAAUAAUUAACAUCUUAAUUAAUUAAUAGACCUAAUAAGAGUUACAUACUCUAAGUAUGACAUACAUAUUUUGACAAUAUAGACACAAUUACUCAAUAUGGUGAUAAUCAACACAACAACAAUAAACCUUGGUAUUUGCUAUUUAUAUAAAUGUUUUUAUCAUAUUUUGUCUAAAUAUAAAUGAAAUUGUGUAAACAGUUCAAAGGAACACCAGUUCCCAGCAGAUUAAUGCUCAAAAUAAUAACAAAAAUUGUGCAGGUAAUAAUAAUCUCAUACCAUAAGUAUUACAUAAUUAUAAUUCAUUAAACGACGG